AUGAAGCCGGAAGCUACUCACGGCGCAAACCUCGACGAAAUAGGCUCAAAGAUAAAGGAGAAGGACGAAAAUCUCGAAGAAAGCAACAAGGAGCAGGAACGCAGAAUAGGCACUAUUCUCCAAGCCAGCCAACAAAGGAUCAAUAGCUCCAGAUGUCCCAAUCAAGGACUCCCCAAACGAAGAUGCCCCAGAACUGACCGACUUGAUCCAGAAGCCGGACAACAGCAGAUGAGCCAGUCAACUCCCGGACCAGGAAAGAGCCAUAGGAGGGAGUAUAUAGGGACAGAACAACAGACGUCCUCACCGUAA